AUCGUCGCAUUCGCGAUGACAAGCAUUACAUGUAUUUAGACAUCGGAUUAGAGUUCGAGUCCGCGAACAACAGGCCGUCCGUCGGUCGCCGACAAUACAAAGCGAUGAUAAUGUCUGCCAUUCGGUCGCUGUUCGGGGACUUCGGGACAGCCGUUGGCCUCCAUUUGAUUCAUUACAGAGACAGUGACUACAGGGCUAUCAUUAGGACUAAUGCCAAAAAUUUAGUUGUCGUCCGAAACGCGUUAAUAAUGCCAUCGGUUUGGGAACAAAGAGUCCAUUGUUUUCGCAUUUAUAAGAUAACGCAUUCGCUGUCAUCGCUGGCCAUCGAUGCCAUAAAACCAUUAAUUAUGACACAAAUCAAUGAGUGGACGACUGACUGGAACAUCGAUGGGAUGAAGCGUCCGAAUGAGAACCGCUGUCAAUGUGUUCAUCGGUUAACGACAGACCAGUGGUAUCGGCCGAUGAGGAACUCGUCGGUCAAUUUGCCGAAAGGCUGUCACCGGUGUUGUGAUCGGACUGUGGGCUCGCAGUGGGGGCCCUAUCGUUGUCCGGAUCACCACAACUACUGCUUUCAUCGACGUUUGCAUCGACUCGCGUCUCGCCGACGAGUGGCAGACCAGCGGUGGCCCCGAUAUAGCGCUGAAGAGCGUCCCGUAACGGACGGUACGAAUCGGUGUCGCCAUCGGUUGGGAUUGGGGGCAGAAGUCGGGCUAUUGUGCCGG